AUGGCCACCUUAGACGAACGCCCUUCUGCCAAAAGGUGGCUUCCUCUUGAAGCUAACCCUGACGUCAUGAACCAGUUCCUUUGGGGUCUUGGCCUUCCAGUCGAGGAGGCAGAGUGCUGUGAUGUUUUUGGCUUAGAUGAAGAGCUUCUGGAGAUGGUUCCGAAGCCCGUUCUCGCCGUGCUUUUUCUUUAUCCUAUUACCGCAAAGACUGAAGAAGAAAGGUUGCAACAGGAAAAUGAAAAAAAGGAUUAUAGCAGUAAAGUGUACUUUAUGAAGCAAACCGUGGGUAAUGCUUGCGGUACGAUAGGUCUGCUUCAUGCACUUGGGAACAUAACCUCUGAAGUCAAGCUUGUUGAGGGGUCGUUUUUUGACAAGUUUUUUAAAUCUACUGCCAGCAUGGAUCCAUUGCAGCGGGCUGUCUUUCUUGAGAAUGACAAAGAGAUGGAAGUUGCUCAUUCAGUAGCAGCCAGUGGUGGUGAUACAGUGGCAUCAGAUAAUGUGGACACUCAUUUCAUCUGCUUUGCUUGUGUGGAUGGUCAACUGUAUGAGCUUGAUGGAAGAAAGUCAGGACCAAUAUCUCAUGGUGCAUCCUCACCAAGUACUUUGUUAAAGGUAAAUUUCUUUCGAUGUUAG